AUGACUCUCAAGAGCAAGGUCUUCAUAUGUAUUUUUGCACUGGGCCUUGUUUCUCUGGUUCUGUGGAAUUCUAGCAGUAUCUACCUACUAUAUCAAAAAGACAUGUCAAUUUUCAAAAGAAACAGUGAGGACUUUUUGAAGCUGCCUGAUAUAGAUUGCAGGAGGAAUGCACCAUUCCUAGUGAUACUGGUAACAUCGCGACUUGGUCAAAUGGAAGAGCGGAUGGCUAUUCGCAAUACAUGGGGCAAGGAAAGAAUAAUAGCUGGUAAACGUAUUGUAACAUAUUUUCUCCUGGGAAAUAAUUCACGGCCCUAUGACCAGAUUGGUAUUAUUACCGAAAACAUACUAUAUAAAGACAUCAUUCAGAAGGACUUUAUGGACACAUAUUAUAACUUAACUUUAAAGACUUUGAUGGGUCUUGAAUGGAUCCAUAAAUUCUGUCCACAGUCUACCUUUGUGAUGAAAACUGACUGCGACAUGUUUGUUAAUACUUAUUACUUGACUGAACUUCUCCUGAAAAGAAACAGUACCACCAAAUUGUUUACAGGUAUUAUCAUAAGGCAUGCCCACCCAAUAAGAGAUGUAAACAACAAAUGGUAUGUGAGCAAAGAGGAAUAUCCAGGGAAAAGUUACCCUUUGUAUUCUGCAGGGGGUGGCUACGUUCUCUCUACUGAUGUUGCAAGUGAAGUUUAUGUCGUUUCAAAAAAGAUGCCCUUCUUGAAACUGGAGGAUGUCUUUGUCGGUCAAUGCCUCGCUGUAAUCAAAAUUCAGCCAGAGGAGCUUGAUUCAAGGCCAACCUUUUUUUCCAGCAAUGUUCCAUUUUCUCCUUGCCGUUAUAGGAAAAUCAUCACAAGCCAUCGUCACACUCCUGCUCAGAUAAUGUUAUAUUGGGAUGGAAUGGAGAAGAGUUUGGAUGACAGAUGUCCUAAUGAUCAAGGAAAUUCACAAUCUGUGGAUAUUUAG